AUGUUAAAUUUGUUAAAAAAUAAUCACUUAAUUGGAGAUACUGUUGAAGAUAUAUUUAAGAACCAAUUUAAUUCUUCUCUACCUUUUGCUUUAUUUCAAAAUGAAAUCGCGAAUGUAAAUAAUGCUUCAAAUCAUAAAUCAUAUUCAGAAGAAAUACGGGAAUUUUGUUUAACAUUGCAUUUUUAUUUACCUCGAGCAUAUGAGUUUAUAAGGCAAAGAAGUACACUACCAGAUCCUUCUACUAUUAGUAGAUGGAUAGCAACAAGACAUUGCAACCCUGGUAUCUUACAUGAAGUAAUUGAUUAUUUUAAACAAAAAUUAAAGUCAGAUACAUCUAAUUUUUUGCAUGUAAAAGAUGUUGCUUUAAUCUAUGACACCAUGUCAAUUAGGGAGGGAUUUUGGCCUGAUAAAAGUGGAAAAGUGUAUGGAUAUUGUGAUCUUGGUGGCAUUGCACACACAGACAAUGAAGAGUUAGCAAAAGAAGCACUAGUUUUCAUAAUAAUUGGUAGUCUAAAUAAAAAAUUCAAGUGUCCGGUUGCUUAUUUUUUUAUAAAUAAAAUAAAUGCUACAGUACAGAGCCAAUUAGUACUUGCUGUCAUCUCAGUUCUUUAUGAAGCUGGAAUUACAGUUCGAUCUCUGACAAGUGAUGGAACUACCACAAAUUUAAAGACCUAUGACAUUUUAGGCUGUAGCUUAGAUCAUACAAAUAUUCGAUCUCCUUUUCCUCAUCCAGAUGAACCUCUUAUAAAUAUUCAUUGUAUUAUUGAUCCUUGCCACCUAAUGUAA